AUGAGCUUCCAAGAGGAGGAUGAAUGGCUUGGCCUGGGCUCGGGGUUCGUGCUGGACGAUGCAUUCAAAUGCACCAGCCCCCUCGGUGCCGACACCUCACUUCAGGUGCCUCUGCGAGAACCUUCUCCUAUCGCGGUCUCACCACAAAAUCUUAUGGACUUCUCCUUCGGUGAUAACUCUCUUGCAGUUCCAAUGCGGGAAUUCGGGUUCCAAAGUGGAAAUGAUCCGCCACGGCUAUCACCUGUUUCGUCGUCAUAUCAGUCCAUGGCCCCUUUGCAGAACAUGUCAUAUGAGAUGUCAAGUGCAUCUGUUAUGCAGGAGGAGUCGUAUAAUUCUUUUGAACAGCCUUCACUAGUUGUCAAUGGUCAUUACCAAACGAUGGAGCAGCAAGUUAUCCAACCUCAACAAGGAUACUUUCAGACUGUCUCUGAUGCACCACCUCAACAGGUGAUGACCACUUCCACUUCCCAUCAGCAGCAGACGUCUUCCGGAGGAGUCAGCAAUGCGUCGGGUUCAUUGGUUCAACAAAUACUUAGUGCACCGUCUACAAGGCAAACACCGACACCUCAACAUAAUCGUCAACGACCUAUCCAACCAAAGACUCAGAAUAAUGGGCGGAAGAGAGGGUCAGUGAAUUCGCAUUCUGGCGCAAAUAAGUCGACGAAAGUCGACUCUUCGUCUAACAAUACGAACCAGACUGAAGUUCGAUUCAGUAUGUCUGCUUUAACGCGGAUCACCGAGAUCGGUGCAGAAAUGGCUCAGCUGCAGGAACAACAAGAAAAGCUGGGAAUUAACAACUCACAAAGGCUGAGCGAAUUGCAGGCUCAACGAGCCAGUAUACUGUACGAAGCUCUGAGUUCCCAAAACGUUGGUGAGACCGUGCUGAGUCAAGUGAAACAGGUUGCUGCUGCUGCUGCUGCUACCCCUCAACCACGGUCAACACCCCGCUCUCGAGCAAGUCAUGCCAAUCGGCAAACACAUUUUGAGUCUGGUCAGGAUUCCCCACAAUAUCAACCUCAGAUGUAUGUGGCCAGUCAUAACCAGUACCCGAGCACGAGCACAGCACAGUUUCAAGAAUACUCCACCGGUAAUGCUAAUCAGGCUCAAGUUGUGCAUCAACAGGAACAGCUCGGUGGACGGCAUCAAAACCAACAGCGGACCUUCAGAACUCAGAAUGCUACCACUACAGUAUAUCACGCACCUGCUCAGCUGCCACCGGGUACUGUAUAUGUGCAGAAUGUGCCGCAAGCGGCUCAGGCUCAAUUUACAUCAGCUCAGCCAACAGUCGGAGAAGUUGUGCGGCAGCAGCAUCAGUUGCGGCAUGUUUCCGGAGCUCAGCAGGUCAUUGUCCAACAAGUAGCAGCGGCCCCACAAGUUGUAGUGGCCACUGGUGGUCAAUCUGUCGCUGGCGCUCAAAUUCGAUCCCAAAUCGUGCAGCAGUCACCUCUUCCUGCUCAAAUUGUUCUUGCCCCACCUGUUCAGCAAUCUCCUCAAGUGGUGGUUGUUGCUCAUCGAGCAUCACCGGCUCAAGCUGCUAAACGUUUAGAAGAGAAAAGAGUAAGUCGACUGAGUCGGCUGCGAAACUAUUUCGAUAGUUUGCAUGCGUCGCUGGCUAAUCCGGACACUGAGACUCCAUUCACUGAUCUUCGCGAUGUAAUGCAACGGUUACUGCCGUAUCAUGCGUAUGGAGAACCGAAUUUUAGCGAAGAGCAUCUUGAACAGUUUGAUACAAAUUAUAUGCGAACCAACAUUAAUUUACACGAACAGAGGAAGCGUCUAGAAAAGCGAUUGCGAAAGGUGUUCUAUGAUGAGGCCUUGAAUGGUACUGAAGCUGAAGAACGGAAUCUAUUGCUCUUCCUUGAUGGUGAAUAUACAAAGCGAAAGCUAGAGGAAGAGAAGGAGUACGUGAAGCAAGGAAAUAUUGAGGCGUUCGUUCGCGAUAGUGCCAUAGUAGCUGCGUUGCGUGGUACUGAUUAUGAAGCAGUCGAGAAGCCAAAACCGGCAACCCCUUCGAUGAAACCAUCUAGCUCGAAAUCCAUCAUGCAGCAAUAUGAAUAUCACACAUUUGAUGAAACUCCUCGAGUGGUCUCACCGUACAAGUCGCCAUCACCUUUCAAGUCGCCUGCAAGUAGUAUUCGGUCGCCCUCACCCUGUAAGUCACCAUCUUCCAUAGCGUAUUCGCCCCGUGUUCGAGCCAGGAAUUCUUCGCAGUCCAUACACAUGUCUCCAGCUCCGGUUCAGGAACAGGCACGGGCUCGCACGUAUUCUAAAUCACGCACGAUUUCGGAGUCUUCCAGAUCCGAUAAGAGCGAGGUGCGAAGAACUCCUCUGCCACCUCCGCUUCCAUGUGCUGCGCGUAGGAGCACCCCACUGAGAAGAGCAGUCGACAAAGAUUCUUCAAAGAGCUCACCCAUGGCACCAUCUUCCGUGACGUCUGCUCCGGGAACACCUGCUUCUGUGACAUCGGGUCCCAUGACGCCUGCUUCUGCAACCACAGCUUCCACGAUUCCCUUGCCAAAAGUACCUUCUCCUGUUGAAACUGCUCCUGAAGUACCAGUUCCCGAGGCUGUUUCUAAGAGAACAGCUCCCGCUGCGCCGGUGGGGCACGCUCAUGCAAGGCCUGCCUCCUCUCUUCCAGUUAAGUCGGCGACGUCACGCGGGUCUGAGAGAGAAAAGGAGGUGCUGGAUUCGCCCACAGCUGUUACGACUCUGGGACGUUUACCAGCAAAGAAGGAAUUGCUCUGCCGUGCAAGACAAGGGGUUCCAGCCGAAAUGCGCUCUCCACCUGCUCAUACCAGCAUUGCAACAUCAUUACUGUACAAUCGCAACUCGUUGGAAGAUGAAGACUCAGAAGGAUCGGCAUCGCCGGAGCUUGGAAUCGAUGAUGUAAUUCCUCUGCCUUCGUCACAGCAACCACAGCCUCCUGUCCCUAAAAUUAACGCGCAUCCUACACAAAGCAAACCUGUACCUGUACCACCACCACCACCGCCGAGACUACCUCCUCAAAAGGGUGUUGUUCCACUGCCACCACCGUUGCCUCAAAGGAGAGAGAAGCUAGUCGUGCCACCGGAACGAACCUCUUCUCCGUCAGUGAAGCAGGAGAAUGUUAAACCUUCAGGAAAGUCGUCAGUCGAAGACAGGCCUGCCGAGCGUUUCCGAUUUAAGCCUCAGGUACCACGUCCAACUCCCGUAUCGCCACUCAAACCAACAGUCUCUAAACGUGAACAACCGGCUGACUCCGGGCUUAUGGGCAAGGACGUCAACUGCAUUAAUCACCACGCAGAGGAGAAAGUUCAGAUGCCCAACUGUGUGAAGCCUCCUCCUAUAAGGUUAAAAUUGAAAUUGAGUGGAAAAGAAGUUUAUAUAGAAAACAACGAAAACAGUGUAAAAGAGGGUGAAAAGAAGCAUAGGAAGCACAAGAAGAAAAAGAAGGAACGACAUAAAGAGCACAUUGGAAGUGUGAAACAUCUAAAGGAGAAGCUGCGGUCGAAAGGGCACAGAAAAUUGCAGAGCAAGAAGGAGAAACACGAGGCAUCACCUCAGGAGCUGGUAGCUGUAACUUCAAAUGGUGUCCGAAUGAAGCUGAAAUUCGGUGUAGGGGCGAACUGUGCAGGUCCAUCUGCUCCAGUACGCACUUCGUUGUCGUCAAGCGAAUCAAAAGAAGCGCAGGUGAAGCAGAAAGUGGUGGAGUCAAAGCCUUCCACUUCGAAAGCGACAGCCCCGAAUGAAACGGUGAGGAUACCACGACUCAAGAUACGUAUUGGCCCUGAAGCACCUGCUUUGGUAAUCGCACCUCCGGAUGUGAAAUCUGCAUCAAGUUCACGGGCGGUCCAGUCGCCAAGUACUCCUUCAAUAGGGAAAGCAGCAAGGAGGUCGAAAUCACCACCUGCACUCACUGCUGCGACAGUGCCGUCGGAUACUUUAGCUGUCGAGUUUUCCGAUGAUUCCGACACGGAAGCUGAACGGCUGCGGUGUGCUACUGAUAAGGCUCUCCGUGGAAUGUCCAACCUACCAGGAAUGGCUCGAUCAAAUACGUCGGUACUACCGUGGUCAACGCAGCAGGCACCGUGA